UGCAAUGCAGACUGACCGUGUUGUUUCCUGUGCCCUAGGGAACAAGUGCAGAGCAGGACAAUCGCUUCAGCAAUAAGCAGAAGAAACUGUUGAAGCAGUUGAAAUUUGCAGAAUGCUUAGAAAAGAAGGUGGACAUGAGCAAAGUAAAUCUGGAAGUAAUCAAACCAUGGAUAACAAAACGAGUAACAGAAAUCCUUGGGUUUGAAGAUGAUGUAGUAAUUGAAUUUAUAUUCAACCAGUUGGAAGUGAAGAAUCCAGAUUCCAAAAUGAUGCAAAUCAACCUGACUGGUUUUUUGAAUGGGAAAAAUGCUAGGGAGUUCAUGGGCGAACUGUGGCCACUGCUGUUAAGUGCACAAGAAAACAUUGCUGGUAUUCCAACUGCUUUUCUGGAACUGAAGAAAGAAGAAAUUAAACAGCGGCAGAUAGAGCAAGAGAAACUGGCUUCUAUGAAGAAACAAGAUGAAGACAAGGAGAAGAGGGAUAAGGAAGACAAAGACAACAGAGAAAAAAGAGACAGAUCCAGGAGUCCAAGAAGACGCAAGUCGAGGUCUCCUUCCCCCAGGAGGAGAUCAUCGCCCGUCAGGCGGGAGCGGAAGCGCAGCCAUUCCCGCUCCCCUCAUCACAGAACCAAGAGCCGCAGUGCUACACCUGCACCAGAAAAGAAGGAGGCAACUCCUGAGCCAGAACCCUCUGUGAAACCAAAGGAGACUGUUGUUCAAGAGGCAACUUCAAACAGUGAUAUCCCAAAAGCUCCAAAAUCUGAACCUCCUGUACCAGAGACAAAAGAAAUUUCACCAGAACGUAAUUCAAAGAAGGAGAGAGAGAAGGAGAAAGAGAAGACUCGUCAGAGAUCCCCAACUCGCUCUAAAUCAAGGUCAAGGUCUCGGUCACGUUCUCCAUCUCAUUCUCGACCAAGAAGGCGUCACAGAUCACGAUCAAGGUCUUACUCCCCUAGAAGGCGACCAAGCCCGAGACGACGGCCGUCCCCGAGGAGGAGGACUCCUCCAAGGCGAAUGCCUCCCCCACCCAGGCACAGAAGAAGCAGAUCACCAGUGAGGCGGAGGAGACGGUCAUCAGCGUCUUUAUCUGGCAGUAGCUCUUCCUCCUCCUCUUCACGUUCCCGAUCUCCACCAAAGAAACCACCUAAAAGAACUGUGUCCAGCCCCCCUCGUAAAACACGUAGGCUGUCUCCUUCUGCCAGCCCCCCGAGGCGAAGGCACAGACCAUCCCCACCAGCAAGUCCACCUCCCAAACCACGCAGAUCUCCAACACCUCAGCAGUCAAAUCGUGCAAGGAAAAGCCGUGGCUCUGUUUCACCUGGCAGGGCAUCAGCACCCAAGCAUAAGAGUACUGAAAAAAGAGAAUCUCCUUCACCAGCACCAAAACCAAGGAAGGCUGAACUGUCUGAGUCAGAAGAAGAUAAGGGAGGUAAAAUGGCUGCAGCAGAUUCUGUGCAACAGAGACGUCAGUACAGAAGGCAAAAUCAACAGUCUUCAUCUGAUUCUGGCUCCUCAUCUUCAUCUGAAGAGGAAAGACCCAAGAGAUCCAAUGUGAAGAAUGGGGAGGUUGGUCGGCGCCGCCGCCAUUCCCACUCACGCAGCCCAUCUCCAUCCCCACGAAAACGACAGAAGGAGCCUUCCCCUCGGAUGCAGAUGGAAAAGAGGUGGCAAUCACCAGUGAUGAAAAGUAGGAGGAGGAGGAGCCCAUCCCCCCCACCUGCCCGGCGACGGCGUUCUCCUUCCCCCCCCCCUCCCAGGCGACGGCGCUCGCCCUCCUUGCCCCGCCGAAGAUCUCCAUCACCACCCCCACGCAGACGCUCACCCUCCCCUCGGAGGUACUCCCCUCCGAUACAGAGGCGAUAUUCUCCUUCUCCACCUCCAAAGAGAAGAACAGCUUCUCCUCCUCCUCCACCCAAACGACGAGCGUCGCCUUCUCCGCAGUCAAAGCGCAGAGUUUCCCAUUCACCACCACCAAAACAAAGGAGCUCUCCAGCUGCUAAGAGGCGCUCGCCAUCGAUAUCUUCCAAGCACCGGAAGGGUUCUCCUUCCAGUAGGUCCAAUAGAGAAACACGUUCUCCACCACAAAACAAAAGGCAUUCACCUUCACCAAGGCCUAGAGCUUCUCAUACCUCUUCAAGCCCGCCGCCGCUGCGAAGGGGAGCGUCAGCAUCGCCCCAGAGAAGACAGUCUCCAUCUCCAAGCACCAGACCUAUCAGGAGGGUGUCAAGAACACCAGAACCGAAGAAGACAAAGGCUUCCACCCCAAGUCCACGAUCUGCCAGACGGGUGUCGUCGUCACGGUCUGCAUCGGGAUCACCUGAGCCAGCUCCAAAAAAGCACCAAGGGCCUCCAUCUCCUGCUCGGUCUCGUUCUCCUUCUGCUAACUGGUCACCUGCAAAAAAGGCUAAAAGUCCAACUCAGAGCCCAUCGCCUGCAAGGAAUUCGGAUCAAGAAGGAGGUGGAAAAAAGAAGAAGAAAAAGAAGGAUAAGAAGCAUAAAAAGGAUAAAAAGCACAAGAAACACAAAAAGCAUAAGAAGGAAAAGGCUGCAGUGGCUGCAGCAGCUGCUGCUGUGGCUGCAGCAGAUACCACCUCAGCACAGGAAGAGCAGGAAGCAGAGACAGAACCCAAAAAGGAGACAGAAAGUGAACCAGAGGACAACCUUGAUGAUCUAGAAAAGCACCUGCGAGAGAAGGCGCUGAGGUCGAUGAGGAAGGCACAGGUGUCCCCCCCAUCUUAGGCCGAAUCCUUUGAUAUAAUGUACAUUUUAUUUGGUUUGUACUCAGAAUUCAAUUUCAAAUUGCUAAAUGUGUUUGAGCUUUAGAAUAUAACAUUUGUUGUAAUAAUUGCUAGGUUGAGGUUCACCAUGUACAAAGGGCAUGGAUUUACAUUGCAAAAGGUGUCCACAGUGUACUAGUGACAUUCUUUCAUUGACAGUCAACAUAAUUUCCUUUAGAGCAAGACUUCUUAGAAGCAGUAGGGGUUUGUUUUGAAGGUUUUCAACAUGACCAUCAGCUCCCUGGUUUCUUUGAAAUUCAACAGAGCCUUUUAGAAUAAUUUGUGAGGGUCUCAUUUGACUUCUUUUGUAUCCACUCACAUUAUGCUACUAACCUUUGUGGUUUGUAAGCCUGCCCAGAAGUAAAACCACUGCAGAAUUACCAAGGAAGUACGUAUAUUUUAAUGCUUUCUACAGUUGCCUGUACAGUCUCCAUUAAAGCAAAUCAAGAAUAGCAAUUUAGAGUGGUACAUAAAUGAAAGCAUGUUGUUUACCAGGACACUGUGGGUUUAUAUUGAUGUAACAUGUUGAUUUGGAACACUGGAAUUUCAUUUGUAUUUUUGUUUUGUUUAUUUUUUUAAAGGGCAGUUUCCAUGAUCAGCAGUCCCAGAACAAUUCCUUCAGUUACAUAAAUUCUGUUUGUGAGAUGUCGUUGCCCCAUUCAUAAAUCUUGUCUCGUUAGGGUUCCUCUGAAUGGUGUGAGCCACUUUCAGAGAUGUGCUCUUUGGAAGUGUGAGGAACCUGAACUUUGGAUAUUGUCAUGUUUUCACUGUUUUUUUUGUUUUUGUUUUUUUAACUAAAGCUAUAUAAAGCUUGUGGAUUAAACAAAAUAAAUUUCUAAAUUUAAAGAGA